GGACAACUGUCUAUGGCCUCGUUCUGAUGUCUUUCUAGACCGGAGCUAUGGUAAAUGGCGCGAGAUCAUUCAUUCUAGCCAUGGGAGGGCUUGCGCCCCAAUAACCACGGUGACACCGAAGCCUUUCUUCACACCAUUUCUUUAGUCGAUAUGGGCAAUUGAAAGCUGAACUGCGUUUAAUCGUUCGAAAGUCCCAUACUAGUUAUGCCGCCAAAAGAUAUAUAAGACCUUGUUGGACCGUCAGUCGUGCUCUACAAUCAUCUUCACAUUAUACCACUCUCCUCUUUCACCUCUUUCCAGCGAAGCAUACAGCUUCCCACACUCAGCGUUUAUUUAUCUUUUCUCCUCUCAAAGUAUUCAAGUCAUCAACAUGAGCCAAGAGCUUACCGCAACCCACAAGCAGGCCCUCACGGUCCUUGCUAGGGAAGAGGAGAAGCGGGCUUUGAGCGCUCGACAGGUCAUUGCAGAUAUGGCCAGUAGCGAGUUCUUCCGUCAGAAUUGGGAUGAGUUACUACUUGCUGCGCCUAACUGCCUUGAGCUCUUGGGAAAUAUCAAUGCCAUAUCCUCCACGAAGCUGGCCUCUACAACUCCACUGAAGGCCCCUAAAGGUGGAUUCGAGCAUCUGAAGGACUAUGGUAACCUCAAAGGUGGUCUAUCUCAGUUGACAAAUCAAGGCAAUGUCGCCUUCACAGAUGCGCGAAUCCAAAUGGACAAGAUUCACGGACUUGCAGGCUCAAUUCCGGGUGAGAUGAGAACCAUCGUUGGAGCCCUUGCAGACCCAGAUGUACCCAUGUCUGUUGUUCUCAUCUCUCUAGAUACGAUGAAGGAAACCGCAACGGAGUGUUACCAGUCAGCAAGUACCAUCCAGAAGAGCAUGCGGAAAUGGUCCGACGUCUGUAUGGAACUCGACGAUGCCUGCAGUGCAGAGUCAUCGUCGACGGAAGUGAAGGCACAAAAGGCUGCACUGAACCUGCAACUCGCUCAGGAUGAAUCCGACUUUAGGAAAGAACAAGAAACGGCAGUAAAGACCGAGUUGGACAAGAUGAACACACAUUUGAACGACGCCAAAACCAACUAUCAAAAGGCCAUUGAUGCCAUGCCGACAGGCAUGGACCUGGUUGGCCAGCAGGUCUUGAUGUCGCUUGGAGAGGCGGCAAGUGGUGCUAUCACCAUCGGUGCAACAGCUGCUGCAACAUAUGUCAACCCCGUUGGCGGCGUGACUUCCGGAGUCAAGACGCUGACCGACGAAGUCCGGAAAUUUAACCACGAAAGCAGCGGCCCUAAGCCGCCGCCGAGUGAUCCUAAGUCCACGGAUAAAAGCACUGAUUCUAGCGAAAAGGGACCAGAUCCAGAGAAAGCUAGUGCAAAGAAGUCUGCUAUCCUUGCGAAGUUGACUACGACUUUCAUUCGGAGGGCAAAACCCAAGGGUGAGAAGACCGAAGAGCCUGCCAAGGACGCUGAGAAGGAGACUUAUUAUGACUUGAGCGGCAAGUUUUACGCAGACGAUAGCGCACUCAUCAUUGCGCCGGCCGUCAAGACAGCGACCGACGAGCUCAAGGCCAUCAUUGUCGGGUCACCGGAAGGAAUCAGAUGGGAUUCCGUCUUGCCACCUAAGGAUGAAACCCAAGGAAAGAUCAGUGAAGUUGCCCGACUAAGCCAUACUCUUGACCGCUUGCUCAAAGAUAUGAAGCCCAAGAAAGGCGGUCUUGCUUCUCAGCUCAUGAAUGCCAUCGUCACAGAAGCUAUCGGCGUUGCGGAUGAGCUUGAGAAGGAGGCUGAGAACGCAAAGGAUUUGUCAGGUUGGGUCAAGCCAGACAGGAAGUCACAGUUCUUCACCGACCUCGAUACCCGCAUCACGCGAUGUGCAUCUACUGCAUUGGCUUUGGAUACUGUCACCAAAAGCACCCCAGGAGGAGUUGGCGCAGGUAAUGCAUCUCUUAUGGCUCCUUCCCAGACGCCAGAGGAAAAGAUUGCCAGCAUGAACUCCAAAGCAGCUGUCGCUGAGCAGGCUGUUAAGUCCGCAACUACGAAACUUCUCUCGACACAGCAGACGUAUGCUGCAACGCUGGAAACCUACCAGAAACAAACAGAGCAAGUGCUCUUGGUUCAGGAUAACCUGCUCAGAGCAAGGCAGCAGGUGACUGCAUUAACCUCCGACAAAUUGACGCUGGAAACCGUCCGAAAAGUCCUGAUCGAGUGCAUCAGCUAUCUCACUGAUCUCAAAGAUAGAAUUGGCAAAUUGGUCAUCUUCUUCUCUGGGCUAACCAACCUCAUUGAUGUCUGCAUCAAGAGUCAAGUCCAGCCGUUCCAGAAACAUCUAGACAGCUAUGCCAAGAACAACCAAGAUAAGGCUCUGAUGUAUGGAGAUUUCUACAGAGAUCUCAUUUUCCAACUGGCGCUGAAGAUUGCUGCCAACUUCUCGCUUUAUCGCGAUGUCGCAAGCAUGUACAUGGAAGUUGAUCGCAAAUGCAUUCAGGAGGGAAUCAUCCUUGUCGGAAAGCUCCACAUCGCCAACGGAAAUGACAAGGUCGACGACGACGAUUAUUUCCGUGAGAACAAGAAGAAGCUGUCUGAGUUCGUGACCCAAGCAGAAAAGAAUGUCAAAGACAUUGUCCAAGCCAAACAAAAAGAAAUCAUCUCCGGAUUGCAGAAUCGCAUCAAUGAAAUUGGAAGCUCGAUAGCCAAGUUCCCUACUGAGUUCCAACCUAGCGCCAAGGCCAUUGAGGCUGUCAAGGAUGGUGCGGCCAUUACCCAGAGUUUGACAGAGACAGAGGCGGCUGCACCUAGUGCUAUCUCCACGAACAUUGCGAAGAAGCCACGCAAGACUGUUGCGUGGUAAAAGAUGCGUGUGAAUGAUAUUGACUGAGAGAGCGUGAGGGAUCGUAU